GGGGGGCUGCUGCUGCUGCUGGUGGUGGUACAGUAUGUGCACUUUCCACGCCUCUCUCUCUAUAGAAGUAGCUAGGAGCCGGGAUUUCAGCACCACACUCCUGGACAGCGCCGGCCGGACGGAGCUCAGCCUGGGAGUAACGGUCAGCAGCACCUGCGUCAUUCCCCCAGCAGUCUGCGUCACAUUCUCACCGCUAACUACCGCCAACUGCGCCCUGGCUGCGUCAUUUGCGGCUACUUUGAUGCUGACCCCGUUUGCCCUGGGGGAAGCUCACUUUCUGCGGGUCUCUGGACUGCCCUGGCUGAGUGGAAUGCUUGGGGCUCAGUAGGUAAGCAGAAGGUCCACCUCAUUCCAGCUUCUCCUCCAGGACCAUGAACAGCUCCGGGGCUCUGGUGUUCUCCGGUGGGUUGCAGCAGUCCUCCGAGGUGGGCAAGGAGAUCACCCUGGUUUUGCCCCUGAUUCUGAGCGCUAUAUGCCUGGUGGGCUUUGCAGGGAAUUUGCUGCUCAUCGCCGUUUUGGUUCACGACUUCAGGAAAGGCAAAUGCUCAGUGGUCAACUGCCUGGUCAUCAACCUGGGGGCCACGGACCUUCUGCUCAUCCUCUUCUGCAUCCCGGUGCGCAUUGUCACCUAUGCCAGGCAAUCCUGGCUGUUUGGGAGCUUCGUCUGCAAGACCACGGAGUGGUUCCUCCACACCUGCCUGACUGUGAAGAGCCUCACCCUGGCCUCCAUAGGGCAAGCCCGGUACACUCAUGUAGUCACCCCACCCAAGCUCAAUGCCUUCAGCAAGAAGCAUGUGUGGGUGGCACUGCUCCUCGCCUGGUCCUUGUCCCUCCUGCUGCCCCUACCCCUCCUGGUGUUCACCCAGCUGAAGAUGGGGCAGGAGGGUCUGAGUUGCAGCUUUGAUGUUCCGGAUUAUGCCUCCAACUUCAUGAAUGUCUACAGCAAGAUCUACCCGCUGCUUGCCUAUGUCCUGCCCAUGUUCUUCACCUUCUGCUGCUACAUGAGGGCACUGAGGAGGAAGAAGGAGAGGAGGAACCGGGCGCCCAACCCACACGACCUCAGCAGGAAGAUCACCUCUAUGCUCAUGAGUGUCAGCCUGGCUUUCGAAGCCAUGUGGCUACCAGAUUGGAUCGUGUGGAUCUGGUCCAAGCAUAGUAACUAUGGCAUCCUGCAGCCACCCAAUGCCUUGGCAGUGCUAGCUCAGGUCAUCUUGUUCUUGAACUGUACCCUGAACCCCGGGGUGUUUCUGGCCGUGUCCGAUGAGUUCAGGGAAGGGUUUGGGAACAUCUGGACUAUGGCUAAGUGCAACGCGUGCAGUGGAGCAGCUCCAUCCAAAGUUGGGGAGAAUGGCUCUGAUAUGGUCACCAGCAUUCAGUCCUUGCAGGACCUACACUCAACCUCUGCGCACCGACCCUCUCAAGACUCCAAAUUGAGGGAGGAAAAGAUCCUUCCAGACGUGGAGCACUUUUGGCAUGACCGCAGGAACACCACAGCCGGUGAGGAGAAUGACCCCAUGCCAUGGGAGCACCAGGAGAAACCUUAACUACACAGCAGGUGGCUUUAUUCCAGCUCCAUGUGGGUUCUAGACGUGGACAUAUAUGUAUGUGUGUCACGGGGAGGAUGGGGCAAGCUAUCCCCAGAUGCUAAUGUGGUCUCUAGUCAUGGACCUAUGUGUGUUUAUGUACAGUAACGUGGGACUUGGGGCAAGCUCUCCUCAGAUGCCACCGGACAGCUCCAUGGAACAAACCAGCAUCUAACAAGCUUCAUUGCAUAAAGCUUAUAGAUAGGGGUCACAGAAUAACGAAGUUCAUACUCUAAGAGGUCAACAUUGCAGGAUCCAGAGGGAUUAAUGCCCUAGUUUAGGAGCAAGCAAUCUGUAGCCUUCCAGCUG